GACAACUCGCAUGGACUUACGUAUUCACUUGAAAAAUUUUAUCACUAAUUUUUUUUUUAUAUAAAUCAUUGAUAAAUAUAUUUAGUAAUUAACAUAUAACUUAUUAUUAAUAUUUACUUGUAAUUAUUCACGCAUUUGAAUCAACAAGACAUAAAACUAAAACAAACAACGUCAAAAUGUUCGCCUGCACUCGAUUCAUUGCCCCAGUUGCCAGAUCGGCUUUAGUCGCCAGUAGCAAAAGUUACGUACGUCCACUCAGCAGUGGAGUAAUCAGCCAAAGUCAAUCCUUGCAGGAAACCCAGAGGCAAACUCCAGCUUGUUUGUCGCCAGUGAUCCGCAGCUUCCAGACCUCCGCGGUAAGCCGUGACAUCGAUUCAGCUGCCAAAUUCGUUGGCGCUGGUGCUGCUACCAUUGGAGUAGCUGGAUCUGGUGCCGGAAUUGGAUCAGUAUUCGGUUCAUUGAUUAUCGGGUACGCAAGAAAUCCAUCACUUAAACAGCAGCUCUUCUCAUAUGCCAUCUUGGGAUUCGCCUUGUCCGAAGCCAUGGGUCUUUUCUGUCUUAUGAUGGCUUUCUUGCUCUUGUUCGCCUUCUAAGCCGUUAAUCCUCCAUACGAAUUACCGAUAGUUUUAGUGCGUCACUGCCAAGGCAGCGUCAUCUUGCUUGCAAAUAGUUUGACGACGACUGUCUAUGGUUCCAAGGGAGUCCAUGAAAUUAUUAAAGCCGAUGACUCUUGGUAGUACUGGUUGGAGCGCGACGGUGCAACAAUUCAUUAAUGAUAAUAAUAAUAAUUAUGAUAAUAAUAAUAACAUCAUCAAUUUAUAAUAAAUAAACAUAAUAAAUAAAUAAAAUAAACACGGGGCUACUGAUUUAUUUUAUUGAUAACAGCUCAAUAAAAUAGUUGCGAGCCGUUGCGAAUCCAUCCAGUGGCUCGUAAUCAUUUCAUGGCCUACCGACUCAUGUAGCAUAACUCACAUUGUUAUAAAGUUAUUAAAUUUCAGUGUACUAAUAUUUAAAGAAAAUAUGAUAAUUAAUUAAACGAUUAGAAGUUUAUUGUUUAAAAAAAAAUAUCGUAAUUGUCGACGUUUGUAUAAUUUUGCAUACACUACAUGCAGCACGUGCGCGCCCCAUAUAAUCAAUUACUUUAAUAAUUAAUAAAAAAUUAUAAAUAUUAUUAUUAUUAUUAUUAUUUCAUUGCGUCGUACGGUUUUAAUGUUAAUUACUAUUAAUUAUUAUUUUUAAAUAAAGCUCAUUUGUUAACUUUAAACGAUUCAUCAUUGUUAAACCGUCGCGUACGCACCUUUUUGCGGUAACUCUGAGAGGAAUAUGUACAGUAAAAUCGAAAAAAAUUAAAUAAACAUCCAGUCGUACGAAAAAAAUAA